AUGUCUAUAGUAACUGUUUUUGUUCAAAGUGAUAACGCGUCUUCGGAAAGGCGUUUUGAUAAAGGUAUCAGCAUUAGUCAAUUGAAAACAAAACUCGAACCUAUUACCGGGAUACCAGCAGAAUCGCAGUUGCUACAAUUAUAUAAUGGUGAUACUCUGGUCACCUCUGUCGAAGGUGAUGAUUAUAUGCUAGGCGCCUUUCCUGUCGAUAAUUUUAUGACGUUAAAGGUUUUAAUUCAUUAUUCAAUGGUGAUGGAUUAUUCAAUGAAUAUCAAGCCUAACUAUAAUCAUGAUUCAAUAAGGUUAUUGACACCAAUCCUAGCAAUCAUAGAAAUCAAUAUAAUGAUUUGUCACUUGUGGAAAAAUAUGAAUUACCGGAAGAAGAAUAUGCGAAACGCACAGGAAAAUUCAGUCCUUGCUUUUAAGCAACGUAACAAACUUGGCCGGUUCUCUGAUGCUCUUUCUCAAACCUCUGAUUCAUAUACUUUUGAGGAAGAGGCAAAAAAUAUUAAAGUUGGAGAUCGUUGUGAAGUAGAUUUUGGUGAUGCUGAAGGGUUAAAGCGCCGAGGAACUGUCAAAUACGUUGGUGAAACUAAAUUUAAACCAGGUUAUUGGGUUGGUGUACAAUAUGAUGAGCCAGUUGGAAAACAUGAUGGUACUGUUCAAGGCGAACAAUAUUUUUCAUGUCCUGCUAAGUAUGGUGCGUUCGUUAGGCCAAAUAAAGUGAAAAUAGGCGAUUAUCCAGAAGAAGAAUUCGAAGAAAU